CGAGAUGCCCGCCGACGACAUCGAGCGCAUCGUGGACCGCAAGCUCAUCAAGCAGCGCGUGCACUACUAUGUGGUGUGGAAGGGCUUCGGGGAGGAGAACAACACCUGGGAGAGCCGCAUUGACCUCAUGGCCGAUGGCUACUCGGACGUCAUCAAGCGCUUCGAAGAGCAACGCAAGAAGGAGUCGGGAGCUUCGACUCCUCGCGGUCGCAGCCCCGGCCGCUCGACGUCCAAGAGCCCGCGCAAGAGCAAGAGUCCUGGACGUGGCCCCGGUCGCCCGAGGGGACGUCGCAGUCGCUCUCGCAGCGCCUCGGUGAGCAGGAAGCUGCCUGAGAGCAACAACGACGAGGAGAAGAAGGAGGACGCGAAGAAGGAGAAGGAGAUGACGUCUCCCAGCUCCACGACCCCGCGGCGACGCAAGAGCCCGAGCAACAACGAUGUCGCAGCCAAGGAGACGCCGAGACGCCGAUCGACCCGGAAACAGGUGGCGACUGAGACGUCGUCGACGCAGUUUGUGUCGCGUCUGGACGAGCAGAAGGCCGACCCGGCCACGGACGAGGAGGAUGAUUCGCUUCUGCUGCGAUCGACGAUUGCCGCGCUGGCCCCGCAGGUGCGCGAGAUGGCGCCGCCUGCUCUGCUGGCGGCGGAGACGGACGUGCAGAAGAAGACCAUGACCCUCUCGUACGAGGAGGAGGAUGAGGCGGGAGUGCUCUUGAAGCCGCACAGCGAGAAGGAGUCGACGACGUCCGAGUCCAGUGCAACGACUAGCCCGGUGCAUGAUCACGCCGGUUCGGUGCAGGAUGAUUUGAUCGCCAAGGUGGUGGAGAGCGGGUACCUCGCGUCCGUCUUGAGUGUAGCGGCGGUGGUAGGCUCUCUCGUGGCUAGCCAGAUGCUGCCCCGCGACAGUGAGGAGGGUACCGAGCUGUGGCGGAGAUGGCUGUCGUUCCUCACGCCCGUGGUGGCGCUGCUGCUGUUCUUCCACCAGAAGGAUGGGCGUGCUUCGGCCAAGUGGGUUGCGACUGCUCUGUCCUGGCGUGCUGCUGCGGAGCUGCUGCUGUUGAUCGGCGGUACGCCUCGUGAGUUCGAGACGAUGGUCGCCGGUUCCGCUGGUCUUGCCAACCUGUCGCUGAUCAUCGCGCUCGUGUUCACUCUGCGCCAUGGCGAGCACAAGCAGUCCAAGGCUACACUUGCGCUGCUGACGGUGGGCAUGUUGGCGCUCUUCCUUUCGGACAGUUGGGUGAUCUCAACCGAAAACUCGGAGCUGGAGUCGCGUGUUAUCCUCAUGUCGGUGGCCGUGGUAAGUACUUCGAUCGUGUUUGUGAUGGCGAGUCACGAAAGGGUUGACUUACCAUGUUGUUUAUUCCUUUAG